AUGACGAGCAGCCAAGUCAUCAUCGUCUCAGUCAUUAUUUGCCUCACUUUUCUGAAUUUCAUGCUCUGGAGCAAGACGAACUAUGGCUACAAUCGUAAGUAAACUAUUUUUGUGAAUAAAUACUCUAGAAAAUCUGUUCUAAAUUGCAGCGCAGGUUCGUCAAAUGUAUGACAGUUUAUUGUCGAGAAACGAGAGUGAAACGAGCGUCGAGCACACGCUGGCGGCGAUUCAGAAACGAUUGGACAGCGAAAUGCAGCUGCUCCAGACGAUUGGCUCGCGGAUAGAAUCCUUUGACGCUCUUUUCGCAGUGAGUUUAAUAUCAUCGUCGCGCAGUUCAUUUAGAGUAAUUGUUUCAGAAUAUGAAAGCGUAUUCGAUAAAGCAAGUUCCUCUUCGGCAGAGAAGUCUCGGACAAGUGUUCAAGGGUGAUCAGUUCGCUCUUCUGUACGGAUCGCUCGCUUCAGAAGUGUUUUGCCCGGAAAAAGUGAGAAUCGGAACGAUCGGAGACGGCGGAAAGUGGACGUGCAAUCCGUGGAAAGUGCCCGAUCAGUCUGUGUACGUUUUGUUCGUGUCCCUUUCUCCUUUCUUAUUUCUAUCUCUUCAGUUUGUUCUCUUUGGGUCUCAAUAACUACAUUGGAUUUGAAAUGGAUUGGCAGCGAAUUCUCUCCAAUCGCAGUGUUCUCUUCGGUUUCGAUGUUGUGAGUCAUAUUUUGUCUGAUUUGUGUCGCUACUAGAAUAAUUCAGGACGAGCAGAGCGAAGGAACGAAGAAAGUUUACGCUGGGUUGCGUGGAAAGUCCAAAAAGGCAAAGAUCGCCCCAGAGACGAACGCCGAGGAAGGCGAGUACACGAUUGCUGAUCUUGCGAAAGAUGCCAAUGUGUCCGUUGUCGAGAUUCUGAAAAUUGACAUCGAAGGAGCUGAGAAGACUUGCUUGAUUCCGUUCCUCGAGAAGUUCCAAGUGUGUCAGAUUUAUCUGGAAGUGCACGGCGGCUCAAAAGAGCACGCGAAUCUUCUACAGAAGAUAGCCCACCUCGAGUACCGACUUUUCUCGUAUGAAGUGAACGGAUUCGACAUGAAAGCUUGCGAAUACAGCUUCAUCCACGAGUCCUGCCUUGGCAAAUACGCAGUCAAACCCAUUGCCUAUUAUCUCGAUUUCAUGAAUCCAACAGAUCUCUGA